GUUUUAGAACUAUGAUACGAGCCCCACGAUCCGCCCAGUUACCGACAACAUCUGAAGGUGUUUGUAGUCCACCUACCCCAGCUCGGCGUCGCGGUCAUUCCGAAAUUGUUUGCAUUCAGGCACAUUUUUCUCCGUCAUUUCACGAGAAGGACUGCAUGUAUGAUGGCAUUGUAAACUACUUGAGGAAUCGAACACUUCCUCAGUUCCUGAAACUGGCAACUGAUAGACAGCAAGCUCGUGCCGACUUUAGAUUUCCAUUUAGGAGGAAAUGUGAAGCGUACUACAUAAAUGAACAUGGAGUUUUGGUGGAAGGACGAGCACGAGGGCUUCAUCGUCAUGUAUUGCGACGUGGAGAACUUGUUCAUGUGAUGAAGUUUAUUCAUGAGAAUUUGGGACACUGUAGCGCUGAAGUAUGUGCUAAGGUGGCACAACCGGCUGUAUGGUCGAAUGAGCCGUUUGAUCUCACUGCCUACAGCGUAAUCAAGCACUGUGAAUGUCGUGAGAAAAAUGCGACUCGACGAUGGUUUCCCUGCCGUGUAGAAUGCGCUGGUUCUAUCUUACUGAGUUUCGAGCGUGAUGCCGAGGGAGGUUAUGACGUAAGCAUACGUUCAACAGCGAAGGAAGUCGAUCUGGCGCUGUUCCAAAAGAGCGUAACAAGAUGUGCGAGGCCACAGCCGAAACUUCCUGAAAUAUUGAUUGACGGCAGAUAUCGGAUUGAUAGUCGUCAGGAACUUGAAGAUGUGCUGGAGAAACUGCAUUCAGCCUUUGGGCACUGCGGUCCCGGUCAGCUACGCAUCCUCUUCAAAUCGCGAUUUCAUUAUCCGGUCUUCUACCUUGCUAUACGUGAAAUUUGUUCACGUUGUUGGUUUUGUAAGUUAGAACCACAGCGGAAGCACUUCUCUAUCAGUGAUUAUACUUAUAAAAUCGAAGUGACUUCUGCUAAAGACAACUCGCCGCGAAGAUUCUUCAUCACUCCCCAAGAGACAACGGUUCGGGAGGUGCAGAAUUACAUCAACGAAAUUCUUGAGAAAUCAAGAAGAAACAUCGAUUUGGAAGCAGCAGCUGCGAUGGCGAAUGGUGCGGACCAGACAGAUUCUUCACCAAACAAGAUAUAUCGCAUUGGCGAUGACGUUGAUGAAGCGCUCGAGAACGAAUGCUCAGCAACACCACGUCCCAGCGUUUACUACCAAUACAGAGAACGAAGUCACCAGGUUGAGACCCAGCCUAAAAGACCAAGGCUCAUUCCGCCUUCUGAGAUUUCACUGGGACCAACCACUUCUCUGGAAGCGAGUGAGUCGGACACUUCUAUGCGCCCGCAGUUGAGCUGUCAGGCCUUCGAUCAACUGUCACCACGCAUCAUUCGUUCAGGAGCAAGGACAAUACAUGACUACACAACUGUUUCGAACGAUGUGGGAGCUAAUCUUGUGAGUCAGGGUGUUGGACCAGUCAUGGGAUCUGAAGCGCAACUUAUGCCAUAUCCUGCGGACUAUAAUGGUGUUAUGAGUGGCGACCCCAACAAUGGUUAUGCUCCACCUGUAGAAGGAUUUCUUCUGGAUAACACUCAGAUCACAAGUGCAGAAUUGGAGGACCUCGGUGAUUUAACCGCAUUUUUCGGUAACGUCUGUGAAGAAUCUUGGCAGUGA